AACAACUGCGGCUUGUCAAAAACCGGUUUACAGUGUACACUAGAUAAAGUUAAACAAAUAUUAUACACAAGUUCCUUAGAAUGUAUCGUUCAGUAUUUUGAGUGAGCCCUGUACUUUGUUUGUUUAUCGCGUGUCUGCUGUCUGGUUUCCGGAUUUCCUAUGUUUAGACUGCACUGACCGAUUGCAGAGUUCACACGUCACGUGUUCACGUCAUAUCACUACUAAAUAUAAGAACAAAUUUAUAAAAAUAAAUCAUGGCUACAAUGGAUGAUUUUUUUAAUAAAGUGCAACGGAAGCAUCCCACUAUUCUUGAUGACUUAAGGGCAAUUUUCAAAACCUCCCAGAGUGAUUCACCGCAGCGUUCAAUAACCCUGUCUCAAAUACGUGCUGCCUACAGUCAACGAACUGGCGAGGAUUUUCCCGUCAAGGGAAGCACGCGAACACAAAUGUGUUUCGUCCUGACAAUCUCUUAUGUCGCCUGUUUUACCAGCCGAAUUGGCACAUUGCGAUUUUUCACCAUUGAUGCAAAUCAGGAAUAAGGAAGCAUUUAUACCCAUAUCUAGUCAUCCGCGUGCAAUUUUCGUAUACAUUUUCUAUAUAAUGCAAUACUUUUAUUUACAAAAUAAACACCUAAAGUAAAGAAUAUAAAAACAAUGGAGGUAUUUUCAUAUACAUUUAUUAUAUAAUGAAAUUCUUUUAUUUACAAAUUAAGCAUUGAUAGUAAAGGGGAUAUAAGCUUUCAUUUUUAUUUUUAAGUAUGAAAAAAUGUAUUUUUAAAUUAAAAACAAGAAAGGAAGCGAAAGCAAGCCAA